AUGGCGGGAGGGAGCUCCUUGGAAACAACGCCGACUUGGGCUGUCGCCGCCGUCAGCUGCGUCUUCAUCCUCGUCGCCAUCCUCGUAGAGCAUGCUCUCCAUCUCCUGUCUGCGGUACGCAGCGGUUCACGUCCCCCCCUCUCCCCCCCCUCUCUCUCUCUCUCUCUCUCUCGCUCUCUACUGAGACUGUCGCUUGCGCUCUCCACUAUUGCAGUUCCUCGAGAGGAGAAAGAGGAAGACGCUGAAUCGGGCCCUCUACCACAUACAAGCAGGUGAAGCCAACUGACAGCUCCGCUGCGAUAGGUUUCAUUUGCCAGACUUCCGUGCUUGGAUUUCUCGUGAUAUAUUCAUUAAAUCUAAUCGUAGUUGAAUUUAUGUGAUCUGCUGUCAUCCGGAGAGAAGAACUGAGGAGCUUCGGUUUCAUGUCCCUCGUGCUCAACGUUGCCCAGCAACCUAUCUCGAAGAUCUGCAUUCCCGAGGGCGUAGCCGAGUCCUUCCUCCCUUGCGAGGAAUUCGAUUCCUCCAGCGACUCACCGAAGGAUAAUUCAUGCCCAGAGGUGAUCGAUUUGCCUUCCAAAAAUACCUUUCAGUUCGUCCAAGAUCGCUCUCCUUUCUCUCAAUAGAAAUUUGCCGAUGAAUAGGGAAGGGUGCCUCUCUUGUCAACCAGAGGCACCGACCAGCUGCUGUUGCUGAUAUUCAUGCUGGCCGCGUCUCAUGUUCUCACCUCCCUCCUCACCUUCGGGCUGAUGAUGGCCAAGGUAAUCUCUCUACCCUGAACUGACGAGAGAGAAAAUUUCUCCGUUUGGGAAGUCAGAUUGACGAGCCGGAAAAAUCUUCGUAGAUGAAGAAAUGGGAGUCGUGGGAAGAGGAGACUCAAACUCUGGACUACCAGCUGUCCACGGGUAAAUUUGACAAAUGCUGUCUCUUAAUCUCCCUAUGAUUUAAUAUCUUCUUCAUUGAUGUGGUCACUUCGUCCGAAUCGUGUAGAUCCCAGGAGAUUCACGCUGGCUCGGGAGACAUCCUUCGGGAGACGCCAUCUGCAGUUCUGGAGGGACCAUCGGAAGCUUCUCUGGAUCGUCCGUUGACUCCCCUCCUACACCCCAUCUGAUUAUCUCGAUGAUCCCUAAGAUGAUAAUAUACAUCUACUAUAUGGCUAACGGACAAUCCAUAUGUUCUUCCUCGCAGGGCUGUUUUCUUCGCCAGUUCGGGAACUCGGUCUCAAAAGCCGACUACCUCGCUCUCCGCCAUGGAUUCAUCAUGGUGAGCUGCGGAUCCGGGGAAGUUUUCACGUUUGAAAGGCGUCUUUUCCUAAACUUUUAAUUCUUUUGCGUCUCCUGUAGACCCAUUUCCCUCAAAAUCAAAGGUUUGACUUCCGCAAGUUUCUGAGGAAAUCGUUAGAUCAUGACUUCUCGGACGUGGCUGGAAUCAGGUCAUCUCUCUUAAUCUGUUUCCUGCCAUCACAUUAUUUAAGGCGGCGGAAGAUCUCUUCUUCAUUAAUCUGGACUUUGAAGUCCAGGACCAUAACUCUGACUUUUUCCACGAAAUUUUCAUCUUUUGCAGUCACUGGAGCUGGACGUACGCCAUCCUAUUUAUAUUUUCAAAUGCACACGGUAUGGCACUAAUAAAUUAUACUUUUGACCGUUUCAGCCCUGAAGGAAUACUUCUACUCCGAAGAGGGGGAGGGCGGGGGGUAUUAAUGGAGAUCUGGUGGUACCUCUGUGUAUAGCAAUAGCCAUUUGAAGGGUUAAAGAUGAGAGAGACUCCUCGAACUAGGGUCGUCGUAGUCUUCGCAGAAAUCUCUCACCCAAUAUUCACCAAUCUCUCAUUAUUUUUUCUAUUGUUCGGUUGUGAUGCAGGGUUCUACAGCCACUUCUGGUUGCCGAUCCUUCCUCUAAUGGUGAGACCUUCGAACUCUGUUGGCUACACAGCUCUGCGAAGAGAGAAGCUCUCUGCUGAGGGAUGAACGGCCAACUCUACUUGCAGAUCCUUUUGAUCGUAGGCACGAAGCUGGAGCUAACCAUUACGAGGCUCUGCCUGGAGAGCAGCUCCGAUGAUUCUGUCCUCCCCGGAACGUUCUGGGUGAGACCCAACGACAGCCUUUUCUGGUUCCGCAAACCCCGUUGGAUCCUGCACACUAUCCAUUUCAUAAUGUUCCAGGUAUACCGACCAUAUCCAUAAACACAAGCAUCGAUUCAAUCGUGGGUUUGGAUACACGAUAUAUUUAGAUGUAAAUAUAUAUAUAGAGAGAGAGAGGUAAAACUUUGUUAUACGGAUCUGAAUUUAGGGCAAGUAUUAAGUUAUUACUUGUAACAUUAAAGAAUCGAUUUUGUAUUCAUUUCUUGAUUUGUUUUUUGUGUGGGUUUGGAUGCAGAACGCCUUCCAGCUAGCCGUCUUUGUCUGGACAUGGGUACGGAUUCUAUGAUCCCUCCAUCUUCUUUCACAGUCUCUCCCUCCCAAAAAACCAACCAAACUCCUUUUUCUGUUCAACAGUACAAGUUUGGGUUCCCUUCCUGCUACCACCGGAAGACGGAGGACAUUGCCCUCAGCAUGGGGGUCGGAGGGUUGGUCCAGAUCCUCUGUGCCUACGUGACUCUCCCUCUCUACGCGCUUGUCUCCCGGGUAACCCACCGAAGAAUUAUAUCCCCCGGCACCAUCGCAGGAGUCGCAGAAAUCAUAUUUCUGAUCAUCAAAACCAAUGCGGAUCAAAACAGGUGGGCUCUUCAAAGACGGACACGAUCUUCACCGAAGAAGUCGUGAAGGGUCUCAGGAACUGGCGGAGGGCAGCCAAGAGGAGGAACCUUGUGAUGACCGGGCAGAACUCCGGGAGCUUCUACCCCGCAGAGCCCGAGUCGGUGUCGUCGUCCACCUCUUCUCCGUCGCCGUAUUUCCGAUCCAAGGAGACGACGGAUGAGCCGGAGGCGUCUCCUCCCCCGCCAGCAGGCCGCUCGUUGUCCAUCUCAGAGACGUCGACUGAUCCAGGGGAACCAGGGAAACCAGGGAAACCAGAGGAACCAUCAAUGGAGAUAACCGCAGAAGAGGAAGACCAGCAAACUCCACCCUCAUCAGAUAUUCCUCCCCUGUUUGAGCGGAUGCCGGCGGAGACAGUGGAGGCGCCGCCGCCGGCCGGAGAGAUCACACCGGCGGAGCCCGACGCAGCAGCGUCGUCGAGGCUGGAAGUGUACAGAGAGACAUACGAUGGGGAGAUAUCCUUCGGGAUGUGGCGCCACCCUGGUUGUAGAGGCAACCGUCCUCCGUUGUGGGACGUUGCUGGACGACCCUAG